CAGCCUUCCUGUCCUCUCCACCUCUUCCCGUCGGACCCCUGCGCCCAGUGGACGUCUGUGGGCGCUGUGACACGUAACUCUUUUGACGGGAGCAGACGGGACACCUCCACCUGGGCUGAGGCAGCAGACGGCCCCGGUGCCUGGUUUUAUCUUUGUCCAUAAAAACAGGUCGGAAUGGAGGCGAGAGACGCAACUGCAGGGGCUCACGUCGGCAGUGACAAGGGAAAAAAAGGUGCGAAGAAAGAAAAUGCUGCCCCAAAGAAAAACAAACAAGAAACUAAAACCAAGAUGGAGCAAAUAUUUGGGUUCAGAAAAGAAGACUUGACCUCUUGGCACAGCCUCGUGUGUCUUUUGAACCGCCCCACCGAUCCAGCGUCCCUCGGCAUCUUCCGCUGUCUGUUUGGUUUGCUGAUGGUCAUUGACAUCACACAGGAGCGAGGACUCAGUCAUCUGGACUACAAGUACUUGGAUGGUGCACCAAUCUGCAGAUUCCCACUCUUCAACUUCCUGGAGCCUCUCCCCUUGGAUUGGAUGUACUUGGUGUAUGUGGUGAUGUUCCUUGGAGCUUCAGGCAUCAUGUUGGGCUGCUUCUACCGGCUGUCCUGCCUCAUGUUCAUCUCCACGUACUGGUACAUCUUCUUCCUGGACAAAACUGCCUGGAACAAUCACUCGUAUCUCUACGGCUUGAUCGGCUUCCAGCUCACCCUCAUGGAUGGCAACAGAUACUGGUCGCUUGAUGGCCUGCGGAGACCUUCAAUUAGAAACGCUCACGUUCCUCUGUGGAACUACACUUUGUUGAGGACGCAGAUAUUUAUAGUUUACUUCAUCGCUGGAAUUAAGAAGCUGGAUGCGGACUGGGUGGAGGGCUACUCCAUGUCUUACCUGGCUCAUCAUUGGCUCUUUGAUCCAUUCAAAGUGAUUCUUCCAGUGGAGCUAGUGAGCUUGCUGGUGGUUCAUGGAGGCGGCCUGAUGCUGGAUCUAUCUGCUGGAUACCUUCUGUUUUUUGACGUCACCCGUCCAUAUGCAAUUUUCUUUGUCUCCUACUUCCACUGUAUGAACUCGCAGCUCUUCAGCAUUGGGAUGUUUCCGUACGCCAUGCUCGCCACCACUCCCCUCUUUUGCUACUCCGACUGGCCUAGAAGGUUCUUCGCUGGAUUCCCAGUGCUCCUCAAGUCUGUCCUGCCCCUCACCACAUCAGAUAUCCAACCCAGCACCUCCUGUGUUUACCCGGAGACUCACAGCACUGGACGCCAAAACACCACAACAGCUCCCAAAACUUCCAAGAUGGGAUUGAAGCACAAGCUUGCCGCCAUUUUUACUAUUGUUUACAUUGCUGAACAGCUCUUCCUUCCAUACUCGCACUUCAUUACUCAGGGCUACAACAACUGGACCAAUGGUCUGUACGGCUACUCCUGGGACAUGAUGGUUCACUCCAGAAGCCACCAACACGUUAAGAUUACGUACAGAGAUGGGAAAACAGGGGAUGUUGGAUAUUUGAACCCAGGGGUGUUCACGCACAGCCGUCGCUGGAAAGACCAUGGUGAUAUGCUGAAGCAGUAUGCCUCCUGCCUGAGUCACAUGCUGCCCCGGUAUAACAUCACUGAUCCUGAGAUCUACUUUGACAUCUGGGUGUCCAUCAACGACCGCUUCCAGCAGAGAAUCUUUGACCCUCGCGUGGACAUAGUGAAGGCCGACUGGUCGCCUUUCCGACCCAACCCCUGGCUGAUGCCUCUGCUGGUCGACUUGUCGCCAUGGAGGACCAAGUUUGCGGAGAUAGAAGGAAGUUUGGACAACCAGACAGAGAUCGUCUUCAUAGCUGAUUUCCCAGGACUUCAUUUAGAAAACUUUGUGAGUGAAGACCUGGGCAACACCAGCAUCCACGUGCUGCAGGGCAAAGUGAAUGUGGAGCUUGUGGAGGAGAAGAAGAACAUCACCCUGCAGCCUGGCGAGCAGACAAGAGUUCCAGCUGGACAGUAUCACAAAGUAUACACGGUGUCGGAGGAGCCAUCCAGCUACAUGUACAUCUACGUCAACACCACAGAGGCGGCACUGCUGCAGAACUUCACCAAGCUGGAGGAGCUGCAGGAGCGCAUCCGCAACGGAACAGAAACCGAGCCGCUUCCUCCAGAGCUACUCCCCCUAGCGGAGGCAGAGGAUGGAGCAGAGGUCAACGCAACUGACCCGGUUGUUCGUCUCUUCCUGAAGCGGCAGCGGCGCAUGAAUGAGGUGAAGAAGCGUCGGGAGGCCGGUCUGCUUGAGCGGCUCGAGCGCUUCACUGUGAAGAAGUACUACACAAUACGACGAGCGUUUUUAAUGACCGCUAUUGCGAUGCGGAACCUGGCGGUGGGACUUCCUCCGGUGGAGCAGCUCACACGCGAAGUUGCCUUUGCCAACAUGAAAGGACCACAGGCAGAGCAAAACAUGGACGACGGACUCAAAGAUGAAGUCGGUCACGGAGAGCUUUAGAUGUUUUUACGACUUGGACUGUUACUGAAACGGGGAAUCCGAACAGAAAUGUGUGUAUAUUUUUUUUAAUUUGUUAAAGGCGUUUACUUUUAAACAACAGGUCAGUACUUCACUGCUGUGCAACAUUUCCCAUUUGAUUCUUAAAAGAAUUUUCAAAUCGCAUUUUUGAACAAAUAAUUUGAGAGGUUCAUAAAGAAUGAUUUCAAUGGUGUAAUUCCACACGUGAUGUCGAAAAGUUGAGCAAAAUGGUUUUGUAAUAAUAAAGCCUUUUUAUUUAAUAAAAAACAACGUACCAGCAA